AUGUGUGGGCAUGUGUCAGGUGCAUCCUCAGAGCUGCACAACUUCCACACCGCACCGCCGGAAGGCAACAAGACCGCACCGCCGGCAACAACAUCACCGCCGGCAACAACAUCACCGCCGGCAACAACAUCACCACCGCCGGCAACAACAUCACCACCGCCGGCAACAAAGACCGCACCGCCGGCAACAAGACCGCCGGCACCGCCGGCACACAAGACCGCACCGCCGGCAAACACCACCGCCGGCAACCCACCGCCGGCAACAAGACCGCACCGCCGGCAACACCAAGACCGCACCGCCGGCAACACCACCCACCGCCGGCAACACACCGCACCGCCGGCAACAAGACCACCGCCGGCAACAAGACCGCACCGCCGGCAACACCGCCGGCAACAAGACCGCACCGCCGGCAAACACCGCCGGCAACACCGCACCGCCGGCAACCGCACCGGCAACACCGCCGGCAACACCACCACCGCCGGCAACACCACCACCGCCGGCAACAUCAUCACCGCCGGCAACACCACCGCCGGCAACAUCACCACCGCCGGCAACAAGACCGCACCGCCGGCAAACAACACCGCCGGCAACACCGCCGGCAACACCGCACGCCGGCACCGCCGGCAACAAGACCGCACCGCCACCACCGCCGGCAACACCACCACCGCCGGCAACGCCGGCAACAGACCGCACCGCCGGCAACAAGACCGCACCGCCGGCAACAAGACCGCACCGCCGGCAACAAGACCCACCGCCGGCAACAAGACGCACCGCCGGCAACCGCACCGCCGGCAACACCGCACCGCCGGCAACAAGACCGCACCGCCGGCAACAAGACCGCACCGCCGGCAACAAGACCGCACCGCCGGCAACAAGACCGCACCGCCGGCAACAAGACCGCCGGCACCGCCGGCAACAAGACCGCACCGCCGGCAACAAGACCGCACCGCCGGCAACACCACCGCCGGCAACAAGACCGCACCGCCGGCAACAGCACCGCCGCACCGCCGGCAACAAGACACCGCCGGCAACAAGACCGCACCGCCGGCAACAAGACCGCACCGCCGGCAACAAGACCGCACCGCCGGCAACAAGACCGCACCGCCGGCAACAAGACCGCACCGCCGGCAACACGGCACCCACCGCCGGCAACAAGACCGCACCGCCGGCAACACCGCACCGCCGGCAACACCGCCGGCAACAAGACCGCACCGCCGGCAACACACCACCGCCGGCAACACCGCCGGCAACAGACCGCACCGCCGGCAACAAGACCGCACCGCCGGCAACAGACCGCACCGCCGGCAACAAGACCGCACCGCCGGCAACAAGACCGCACCGCCGGCAACAAGACCGCACCGCCGGCAACAAGACCGCACCGCCGGCAACACGCACCGCCGGCAACACCGCACCCGGCAACAAGACCGCACCGCCGGCAACAACACCGCCGGCAACAAGACCGCACCGCCGGCAACACCGCACCGCCGGCAACAACACCGCAGACCGCACCGCCGGCAACAAGACCGCACCGCCGGCAACAACCGCCGGCAACAACCGCACCGCCGGCAACAGACCGCACCGCCGGCAACAAGACCGCACCGCCGGCAACAAGACCGCACCGCCGGCAACAAGACCGCACCGCCGGCAACACCGCACCGCCGGCAACAACAGACGCACCGCCGGCAACACCGCACCGCCGGCAACAAGACCGCACCGCCGGCAACAAGACCGCACCGCCGGCAACAUCACCACCGCCGGCAACAACACCGCACCGCCGGCAACACCACCGGCACCGCCGGCAACAAGACCGCACCGCCGGCAACAAGACCGCACCGCCGGCAACAAGACCGCACCGCCGGCAACAAGACCGCACCGCCGGCAACAUCACCGCACCGCCGGCAACAUCAGACCGCACCGCCGGCAACAUCACCGCACCGCCGGCAACAAGACCGCACCGCCGGCAACAAGACCGCACCGCCGGCAACAAGACCACCGCCGGCAACAGACCGCACAACAAGACCGCACCGCCGGCAACAAGACCGCACCGCCGGCAACAAGACCGCACCGCCGGCAACAAGACCGCACCGCCGGCACCACCCGGCAACAUCACGCACCGCCGGCAACAAGACCGCACCGCCGGCAACAAGACCGCACCGCCGGCAACAAGACCGCACCACCGGCAACAAGACCGCACCGCCGGCACCGCCGGCAACGCACCACCGGCAACAAGACCGCACCGCCGGCAACAUCCGCACCGCCGGCAACAAGACCGCACCGCCGGCAACAAGACCGCACCGCCGGCAACAAGACCGCACCGCCGGCAACAUCACCGCACCGCCGGCAACAAGCACCACCGCCGGCAACAACAAGACCGCACCGCCGGCAACAGACCGCACCGCCGGCAACAAGACCGCACCGCCGGCAACAUCACCACCGCCGGCAACAAGACCGCACCGCCGGCAACAACGCACCGCCGGCACCGCCGGCAACAUCACGCACCGCCGGCAACAAGACCGCACCGCCGGCAACAAGACCGCACCGCCGGCAACGGCAACAAGACCGCACCCACCGCCGGCAACACCACCGCCGGCAACAAGACCGCACCGCCGGCAACAAGACCGCACCGCCGGCAACAAGACCGCACCGCCGGCAACAAGACGCACCGCCGGCACCGCCGGCAACAACCACCGCCGGCACCGCCGGCAACAAGACCGCACCGCCGGCAACAAGACCGCACCGCCGGCAACAAGACCGCACCGCCGGCAACAACACACCGCCGGCAACAAGACCGCACCGCCGGCAACAAGACCGCACCGCCGGCAACAACAUCCGCACCGCCGGCAACGCACCGCACCGCCGGCAACAAGACCGCACCGCACCGCCGACCGCGCCACCGGCAACAAGACCCGCCGGCAACACCGCACCGCCGGCAACAAGACCGCACCGCCGGCAACAAGACCGCACCGCCGGCAACAAGACCGCACCGCCGGCAACAAGACCGCACCGCCGGCAACAAGACGGCAGCAAGACCGCACCGCCGGCAACAAGACCGCACCGCCGGCAACAAGACCGCACCGCCGGUUAAGACAAGACCGCACCGCCGGCAACAAGACCGCACCGCCGGCAACAAGACCGCACCGCCGGCAACAAACCGCACCGCAACCGCCGGCAACAAGACCGCACCGCCGGCAACAAGACCGCACCGCCGGCCGGCAACAAGACCGCACCGCCGGCAACAAGACUGCGGCAAUGGUUGCACUGGGUCUUUACAGCCAGGGGUGGUACUAUCUUCAGGAGCAAGGUAGUGAAACAAACGACCGAUCAGAAUGUGGGCCACGUCUGGGCCGCGACUGGGCCACCACUGGGCCACGUCUGGGCCGCGACUGGGCCGCGACUGGGCCGCAACUGGGCACGUCUGGGCCGCGACUGGGCCACGUCUGGGCCACGUCUGGGCCACGUCUGGGCCGCGACUGGGCCACCACUGGGCCGCGACUGGGCCGCGUCUUCAUUCAAACUCUAAAUUACCUGCUUUAG